GGGGCUCCAGCGGGCCGGGUGAGGGAAGGACUCAGGCCUCCCGCGGCUCCCCCGCCUUCUCCCCAGGCCCGCCCCUGGCUCGCGCCUCACGCGCAACGCGCGGCCUGGCGCGCGGCCGCCCCACCUCCACGCGAAGGCCUCCCCGGCGGGGCGGAGACAGCGAGCGCGCGCCGGCGCGGGACGGGAAGCGGCGCCCGCCCUGCGCUUGGCGGAGGGGAGCCGCGGUCAUGGCCGCGCUGCGGCGGAGCGUCGUGUCCCCGGCGGGCAGGCACCGCGCCUCGGUGAUCCUGCUGCACGGCUCAGGGGACACUGGCCCAGGAGUAAGAACGUGGAUCAAACAAGUUCUGAAUCAGGAUUUGGUUUUCCAGCAUAUAAAAGUAAUUUAUCCAACAGCUCCUGCCAGAUAUCAAGACCUAUCUUGGAGUUUACACUAUACCACUAUUCUGCAGCAUGGAGAAAGCAUAUUUUUGCAGAUUGAAUAUCUUUUCAUUUCAUUUCUCAUUGGCAUUCUUCCUCCCAUUUCUCUUCAUUUCAACUUUUUCCCAGUGCAGCGGGAAACCUGUUAUCUCCACCUUGGGAAUGGACCGUAUACACCUAUGAGAGGGGCCCUCUCCACUGUGUGGUUUGACAGAUGGAAGAUAUCUAAUGAGUGCCCAGAACACAUUGAAUCCAUUGACUCAAUGUGUCAGGUGCUUACAAACGUGAUUGAUGAGGAGGUUAAAAAUGGCAUCAGCAAGAAUAAGAUAAUUUUAGGAGGUUUUUCAAUGGGAGGUGGCAUGGCAAUGCAUUUAGCGUACAGGUAUCAUCAAGAUGUGGCUGGAGUCUUUGCUCUUUCUAGCUUUCUCAAUAAGACAUCUGCUGUUUACCAGGCUUUACAGAAAAAUGAAAGUGUCCUUCCUGAAUUAUUUCAGUGUCAUGGAACAGCUGAUGAGUUAGUUCUGCACUCGUGGGGUGAAGAGACCAACAAGAUGUUAAAAUCAUUGGGAGUAGCAACAUCUUUUCAUAGUUUUCCAAAUCUUAAUCAUGAGUUACACAAAACUGAACUGGAAAAAUUGAGCUCUUGGAUUGUAAAGAAAUUGCCUGUGGAGACAGCCAUGUCAAAUGAAUAAAUGACAUUAACUUAA